AUGAAGGGGGUUUUCUGCAAAAAUUGGCAGGGCUUUGCUUUGCCGCUUUGGCUUUCUUUCGUUAAGACCCGACCCACCCGGCCCAACAGAGAAGAGCAAACCAGCUUCGAGCUUCCCCUCGCCGGCUCUACGCAAGCUCCGUCCGCCCCUGACCUGCCGCCGCGUCUGCUCACCUGCUCCGGCAUUCCGGCGAUUCCAGGCCGGCCGUUCUGUAACUCGGUGCCAGCCAGCCUGCCAGGCAACCCGCCGGGCGGCGGCGUAGCGGUGCCCCUGCUUCUCCCGUCCCCCGUCGUGGGCUCGUGGCCAGUGUCUCCCGCGGAACCCCCGCUGCUAGGGGCUGAAACCGUUCCCCUUUUCGCGCCUGCGGACGGGUCGAGGUGGAACAGCGAGCUGGAGGGAAGAAACCUGAGUAUGCUAGCCACUGGGUUAGGAGUGUGACAUCUGCGCACACAUAAUUACUAAAAUACUACUGGUAGCUCUGACAGUCUGAGGUAGGGUCCAAUGAAAAUGGAAGGAAAUACAGAUGUGAAAAAUAGCAACUGUUCCUCCAUCCCCUAUUUACC